GACAUCUGCAAAUUGGCUGCAAAAAUUGUCAAAUCUGUGCGUGCUCAAAAUAUUUUUCACGGAGUAUUGUUUUGCUAGUAUAUUUUAUAUUUUGCUCUAUCGUUGAAAUUAAUAAAACAAAAUAUCAGAGUUCUUUUAUCUAUUCAAAAUAAUAAACAUCUUAACGUACUUAGAUUAUUAAUUGGUUGAUUAUUUGCUUGUAUUAAAAUGGACAUUUUAAAAGCAGAAAUAGCUAAAAAACGAAAGCUUCUUGAAGAGAAAAAUAUCCUGAGUUCUUCAAAGAAGUAUUUUAAGAGAGGUGAACUGCUAGCAAAGGAAAAAGAGGAAUACUAUCAAAAAUAUGGACCACAAAAACAACUAGACAAAUUGGCUGAAGACAAUAAUCAAAUAGAAGACAUAGAAAAAGCUAAAAAGCAAGAGACUGAAAAUGAACAAACUGAAAGUGUGGCCUUGCCAAGAGCUGAAGUUAUCAAAAGGUUGAGAGAAAGGGCACAUCCCAUUAUAUUGUUUGGUGAAAGUGAAUUACAGGCUUUUAAAAGGUUACGAAGGAUAGAAAUACAGGAACCAGAAGCAAAUAGAGGUUUAAGAAAUGACUUUCAAGAAGCUAUGGAUAAAGUGGAUCAGGCUUAUCUCAAUGAAAUAUUGGCACUGGGAACACAGAAUGAAAGUGAAAAACCACAAAAUGAAGAUGAUUUAGAAGAUUCAGUCACAUACGAGUUCAUACAAGAAAUGGCAAAAACAAUGGGCCAAGGAGACAGAAAUCAUGACAUGAAUGUUAUAAUGAUCUUGCUACAGUUCCUUCUGAAACUGUGGGGUCAACAGUUAAACUCGGGUACAGCGGCCGAAAAAACAGCAAUCAAACACAAGAUGACGCGGGCGACAUACACACAAACACAAGUAUACCUCAAGCCCUUAAUGAGGAAGCUCAAGAAGAAAACUCUCCCGGAGGACAUUUGCGACAGCCUCAUGGAAAUCACUAAGCAUUUAUUGGAAAGGAAUUAUAUAAUGGCAAGCGAUGCAUAUCUGCAGAUGGCGAUUGGCAAUGCCCCAUGGCCCAUUGGUGUGACCAUGGUGGGCAUCCACGCGCGUACCGGACGAGAGAAGAUCUUCUCCAAAAACGUCGCGCACGUCAUGAACGACGAGACCCAGAGGAAAUACAUACAGGCUCUGAAGAGACUAAUGACUAAAUGCCAAGAGUAUUUCCCUACCGAUCCAUCUAGAUGUGUGGAGUAUAGUACAGCUAGAUGAAUUAAAGCAACAGUGGAUCUAUAUUUAUUAUAAACAAUGAUACUAGAAUAUGUUACAAAGUUUCAUUUACAAGAUUGUUUGAAUAUUUUAUCGGAACAUGAUGUUCUGGGAUACUACAGCAUCAAAAUUGAUUUUCUGAAACUAUUUGAAGCAUACCCAGAUGUUGGUGACAAAGUUUUAUGCAGUCCUGUUUCCACUCUAAAAUCAUGUAAUGAGGAAAUUAUAAAAGCUCAACAGAAUAUUCUAGAGAAAGAUGAAUAUAAGCCAAUGAUAGAUAAACUAAGCUUUAAAUACUUGAAAAGGAAUGUACAUGCUAGAUUCUUUGGUCUUCCUGUUUGCCCGGAGUUGCAUAGGACUGUAUUCCCCAAAAAUAUUGAUCUCGGAUGCUUUUUAAAAGUUACAGGUACCAUUGUACGAGUAACGCAGGCAAAGAUGUUAGAGUAUCAAAGGAAAUACAUAUGCAUGAAGUGCAAAUUUGAGAACACUAUAGAAGCAGAUUUUGAGAACCGAUACAUUUUAAAGGCACCAACAAAAUGUUGGAACUCCAAUAUAAGGUGCAAGUGUUCUACAUUUACACAGAUAAACCUGGUGUCAAGAGAACAUUGUAAGGAUUACCAAGAAAUCAAAAUACAAGAGCAAGUGAAUAAACUCAGUAUUGGCACAAUACCUGGCUCCAUGUGGGUGGUGCUGGAGGAUGAUCUGGUUGACACCUGUAAGCCUGGCGAUGAUGUUAUAAUAUGUGGAACAGUGAGACGUCGCUGGCGCCCUUCAGUCCAGGCCAAGAAGUCAGAAGUGGAAUUGGUAUUACAAGCUAACUAUAUAGAAGUGAUCAAUGCUCAGAGAUCCGAAGUGAUCGCCAUGGCUCCAGAUGUUAAGGAUUGCUUUGACGAUUUCUGGGCCAAGUAUCAACAGUGUCCGUUGAAAGGGAGAGAUCAGAUCUUAGCUUCUGUGUGUCCGCAGGUGUACGGGCUAUAUUUAGUGAAGCUAGCAGUGUUGCUCACAGUCAUAACGGGGUCCAACCACAUCGCGGAAAAGGAACAGAACACGACGAAUGACGACAAGCAUGUGCCACAUGUCAGGGGACAGUGCCAUCUAUUGCUAGUCGGUGACCCAGGUACCGGCAAGUCGCAGCUGCUAAAGGCGAGCGCAGAGCUGACGCCGCGCUCGGUGUUCACUUCCGGCGCCGGCAGCACGAGGGCCGGCCUCACGUGCGCAGCUCUUAGAGAAGAUGGCGAAUGGCAGCUAGAAGCGGGCGCCCUGGUGUUGUCUGACGGUGGAGUUUGCUGCAUCGACGAGAUAUCGCAUCUGAGGGACCACGACCGGACCGCUAUACACGAGGCUAUGGAGCAACAAACUAUAUCUGUUGCUAAGGCGGGAAUAGUAUGCAAGCUGAACUCUCGCUGCGCGGUGAUAGCGGCGUGCAAUCCCAAGGGCCAUUACCAGACAGACCAGCCUUUGAGCGUCAACGUCUCCUUGGGAACACCCUUGUUGAGUAGGUUUGAUUUAAUAUUCAUUUUGUUGGAUUCAAAAAACAAAUCAUGGGAUAAACUCGUGUCUUCCUACAUUUUGUUUGGCGACGACAAGAAUGUCGAGUUAAAAACGAAAUGGACCAUUGAAAAAUUGCAAAUGUACAUAGGUCUGAUCGGACCGACACACACACAGAUGACAAAAUCAGCCAACACUAUAUUGCAAUGUUACUACAUGACCCAGAGGAAGUCUGAAAACAGAGACCCUUCGAGAACUACCGUUAGAAUGCUUGACAGUUUGAUAAGAUUAUCACAAGCACAUUGUCGUCUAAUGUAUCGAACAACAAUAUUACCAAUCGAUGCCAUAUUCGCUAUAUCUCUAGUGGAUCUGUCAAUGCAGGAUUGUACUUUAGAAGAUACAGUAGAUGCUUUGCACUCAACAUUUCUAAAGUACCCAGACUUCGACUACCUCUGCACAGCAAAAAAGUUACUAACCAAACUAAAUCUGAUAGGUAUAUGGAAAGAAGAACUAUUUUACUAUGGAAAAUUACUGCAAAUAGACCACAGAACACUAGAAAAUGAUAUAGAAAGAGGAAAUUAUAAGCUAUUCACUAAAUACGAUGAUGUUUCUGAUGACAAUAUUCCUUUGACAGCAUCUCUUGUUACUAGUUCGUACUUUAAUAAUAACAAAAAUGGAGUUAAAUCGAAGGAGACAAAUAACAAAGUGCCAAUUGAUAUUCAAGAAGGAAAUGUGGAAGUAAUGAACGAAAAAUUAGCAGCUACUCUAAAGAAACAUGCAACUCUCAAUAAAAUUGUCAAAAACCCGCCGGCAGUCCAAAAGAAAAACUCGAAACGAAAAAGAAAAGAAGUAAUUAUAGACACCAGUGAGUUUGGAAAUAAAAAACAAAGAGUUAAGAGAAAAAAGCAAACCAAAGUGGAUAUAUCAUCUGAUAGCGAUGAAUGUGAUGUUAAUAAAAUGUUGAAUGCAGUACCAAGUGUUAAUGAUGUUUUUGCAGAUCUUGGAAUAGAUUUCAAAUUGUGUGACAAUGAAUCUCAGAAUAGUGAUAAAAACGUACCUACGAAGGCAGUUAUAGAACAUUCUCUACUAAAUAAAGAGAACCAAAUGGAAUCUGAUUCGAAUGAUACAAAAAUUGCUGAAGAUAAUCAAAGCAGUAAAAAGAUAUUAAAUACUUCUCUAAGCAGAUUAAAACAAUUUGAAUUUGCAGGAAAACGUGAUCUGAGUAAAUUUUAUGAUGAAAAUGUUGAAACUAAUAAAGACACAAUAAACUCAACAGUAGUUGCUUUAGAAAAUUCUGUAAAUAAAAGUAAUGUUAAUUCCUUUGAAAAUCCUAAAAAAUCAGUGACUAGUUCACAAUUAUCUAUGUUUGAAAGUUCAGACUGUGAUAUAGAUUUUGAUAUAUAAAAUCAUGUUGUUUUAAGUUUUGUAUUAUCAUGUUAAUAAGGUAUUGAUUAUAUAAGAAAAAGACAAGUAAAACUUUCUUUUAUGUUUAUAUUUAAUGCUUAAUCUACUUACUGUUAAAAAUAAAAAUUGUUAU